AACACAAGCUUGAGCUCCAGGACAAAUAUUUGUUCCAAUUCUGAACAAAGUUAAAGAGCUUUCCUCUUCUUUUUUCUUCUUUUUAAAAACGAACUAGACACUUCUGUUGUUCCUUUGAACUUUGGUUCAAUCGGGAGUGGAAUCCUCCCAGGCCAUCUGCUCAGGGGAGCUUGGCAAAGUUAUCCAGCAAAAUGGAAUGGCUCACGUGCUUCCUCGUCUGCUUGUUUCUUUCUGAAGCUCAAGCCUUCGAAAUCCCCACAAAUGGACUUUCUGAAUUUGCAGAAUAUGGUGAUCUCAUGGAACUGGCACCAGGCAAAUUUCAAUUUGUACCAGAGAACCGGAGGUAUCAGAGAAGUGUUCCUGGAGAAUCGGGAGAAAUAAUGGAAGAUGUUGAUCAAGUAACUCUUUAUAGCUAUAAAGUCCAGUCCACAAUUACUUCUCGCAUGGCCAACACCAUCAUCCAAAGCAAGUUGGUGAACAACUCCCCGCAACCUCAGAAUGUUGUAUUUGAUGUUCAGAUUCCCAAAGGAGCCUUCAUUUCCAACUUCUCCAUGACUGUAGAUGGCACAACAUUUACUAGCUCCAUCAAAGAGAGAACUGUGGGCCGAGCUCUCUAUUCGCAGGCAAGAGCAAAAGGCAAGACGGCUGGAUUGGUGAGGAGCAAGGCUCUGGAUAUGGAGAACUUCAGAACAGAAGUAAACAUCCUCCCUGGAGUAAAGGUCCAGUUUGAGCUUCAGUACCAGGAAGUGAAAUGGAGGAAGCUGGGAUCCUAUGAACACAGGCUUCAUCUGCAGCCUGGACGGCUGGCCAAACACUUGGAGGUAGAUGUGUGGAUUAUUGAACCUCAAGGCAUGAGAUUUCUUCAUGUUCCUGACACAUUUGAAGGCCAUUUCGAUGGUGUUCCAGUCAUAUCUAAAGGACAGCAGAAGGCACAUGUCUCCUUCAAGCCCACAGUAGCACAGCAAAGGAAGUGUUCCAACUGCUCUGACACUGCCGUGGAUGGAGAGCUGGUGGUGAUGUAUGACGUGAACAGGGAAGAGAAGGCUGGUGAGCUUGAGGUAUUUAAUGGCUAUUUUGUCCACUUCUUUGCUCCUGACAACCUGGACCCAAUUCCCAAGAACAUCCUCUUCGUCAUUGAUGUUAGCGGCUCCAUGUGGGGUAUUAAAAUGAAACAAACUGUGGAAGCAAUGAAGACCAUAUUGGAUGACCUAAGAGCAGAAGACCAAUUCUCUGUGGUUGAUUUCAACCACAACAUUCGAACCUGGAGGAAUGAUUUAGUUUCAGCCACCAAAGCACAGGUUGCAGAUGCCAAGAAGUAUAUUGAGAAAAUCCAACCCAAUGGAGGCACAAAUAUCAACGAAGCUCUCUUGCGUGCAAUUUUCAUUUUGAACGAAGCUAAUAACAUGGGAUUGCUGGACCCCAACUCAGUCUCUCUGAUCAUUCUGGUCUCUGAUGGGGACCCAACUGUAGGUGAACUAAAGUCGUCAAAAAUUCAGAAAAAUGUGAAGCAGAACAUACAAGACAAUAUCUCCUUGUUCAGUUUGGGUAUAGGAUUUGAUGUCGACUAUGAUUUCUUGAAGAGACUAUCCAAUGAAAACCGUGGAAUUGCUCAAAGGAUUUAUGGUAACCAGGAUACAUCUUCCCAGCUCAAGAAAUUCUACAACCAGGUUUCUACCCCCUUGCUCCGAAAUGUUCAGUUCAACUAUCCCCACACGUCAGUAACGGAUGUCACACAAAACAGCUUCUACAACUAUUUUGGAGGUUCAGAGAUUGUGGUGGCAGGAAAAUAUGACCCUGAGAAGUUGGAGCAAAUACAGAGCGUGAUCACUGCGACCUCGGCUAGCACGGAGUUAGUCUUGGAAACCCUAGCCCAGAUGGAUGACUUGGAGGAUUUUCUAUCGAAAGACAAACAUGCAGAUCCUGACUUCACCAAAAAACUGUGGGCUUAUCUAACCAUCAACCAGCUGCUAGCUGAAAGAAGUCUGGCUCCUACAGCUGCAGCCAAAAGGAAAAUUACCAAAACAAUCCUGCAGAUGUCUCUGGAACAUCAUAUUGUAACCCCCCUCACUGCGAUGGUGAUUGAGAACGCUGCUGGGGACGAGCGCAUGCUGGCAGACUCCCCUCCGCAGGAUCACUCUUGCUGUGCAGGUGCCCUGUAUUAUGGCAGCAAAGUUGCUCCAGCUUCAGUUCCGUCAUGGGCCAAUCCUUCACCAACACCCAUUAUUCCAAUGCCCGUACUAGGAGCUCGGGUGCUCGAGUCAACGCCCCCUCCACAUGUGAUGAGAGUUGAAAAUGAUCCACAUUUCAUCAUCUACCUGCCAAAAAGUCAAAAGAAUAUUUGUUUCAAUAUUGACUCAGAACCUGGAAAAAUCCUCAACCUGGUUUCUGAUCCAGAAUCAGGAAUUUUAGUCAAUGGACAACUCAUUGGUGCCAAGAAGCCCAAAAAUGGAAAACUAAGCACCUAUUUUGGAAAAUUGGGAUUUUACUUCCAAAGUGAAGACGUGAAAAUAGAAAUCAGCACUGAGACCAUCACCCUGAGCCAUGGCUCUCGGACAUCCACUUUGUCCUGGUCUGACACAGCUCACGUUGUUAACCAGAGGGUGCUUGUCUCAGUGAAGAAAGAAAAAACUGUGACUGUCACUCUAGAUAAAAAUAUGUCCUUUUCUGUUUUACUUCAUCGUGUCUGGAAGAAGCAUCCAAUCAAUGUAGACUUUCUGGGAAUCUACAUUCCCCCCACAAACAAGUUUUCACCGAAUGUACACGGACUCAUAGGCCAGUUCAUGAAUGAGCCAAAGAUACGCAUCUUCAAUGAAAGACCAGGAAAGGACCCCAAGAAGCCAGAGGCAAGCAUGGAAGUGAAAGGACGGAAGCUGACUGUCACCAGAGGCGUUCAGAAAGACUACAGGACGGAUAUCGUGCUGGGAACCGAUGUCCCCUGCUGGUUUGUGCACAACAGUGGCAAAGGUUUCAUCGACAGACAUUACAAGGAUUACUUUGUGCCUCAACUCUAUAGCUUUCUCAGAUGGUCUUAAAGGUUUCUAGUUUUGGAAAGCAUGUGUAUAAAUAAACAUUUUCCCCGGUCA